AUGAAAGGUGACUGCAUUGAUGAAGACGAUUCUCCCCUCAUAUUCCCGUCACUCGAGUCGAAUGCGAAGCGAGCAAUCUUGUCUGCUCAAGCUCCCCUUUACCGAUGCGAUCGCAAGCUAUCUGUCCCUUCAUCAUUACCACGGUGGGAUGGACGAGGAAUGAAUGGAAUGUUCACAUCAUCUCUGCCCUUCUCUCAGUCGACACUAUGCACCAGCCAUGUGCUGAUGUGUCUACCGAUACAAAGUCCAAAGCAUAAUGGGCCAAACCACUGUCUAUCUCGGUAUUCGAACACCGCGAAAGAAUAG